UCAGUGUCAAUGGCACCGUGGCGAAGACUUUCCGUCGGCCGGGAGGCUAGGGCACAGUUUCAGUGGAUCGUCAUUUGUUUUGGUGUGCUGCUUAGCUUUGCGAACAAUUCUAGCGGCUAUUUCUAUAGCGAUAGCAGUGCAGAAGCAAGUAAUGAUCGGUUCUGUUUCUGCCAGCUUCAAGGAACGAUCGAUGAUUGCAGCUGCAGUGUGGAUACGGUGGAUUAUUACAACAAUAUAAAAAUCUAUCCACGCUUGAAAAGUUUGCUGGUAAAAGAUUUCUUUCGCUACUACAAAGUGCACCUGAACAAAGAGUGCCCGUUCUGGGUCGACGACAGCAAGUGUGCGAUGCGGUUUUGCCAUGUGGAACAUUGCGAAGAGAAAGAUAUCCCACCGGGGCUGAAGGGUGACGCGUCGUCUUAUCAUAAGUACAUAAAAGAGGUGCAAACUUUGACGAACUGCAACGAAGACUUGGACGUGGAACUGGGCUACCUCAACACAAGCAUCAGUGAUAAAGCACACAAAGAGUUCCAAAGAUGGGCGGACUAUGACGAAGCGCAAGAUAAUUUCUGCAUCCUGGACGAUCACGAACCCGGUGCCGAGUACGUGGAUCUAUUGCUGAACCCGGAACGGUAUACUGGGUAUCGGGGUGAAUCAGCGCGUCGUAUCUGGAGCAGCAUCUAUUUGGAAAACUGUUUCCAAGCACAUUCUGUGAAGAAGAAAAAUGCCUAUUCGGCCAUGAUUCCCUACCAGGAUAUGGCCCGCAAUGAGGUGUGUCUGGAGCAUCGAGUAUUUUAUCGUAUGAUAUCCGGCCUACACUCCAGCAUCAACAUUCAUCUCUGUGCCAACUAUCUGCUGUCUGAGAAGGGUUCACUAGGGUUCGUCGCACCGGCCGGUGUGUGGGGACCGAACAUGGAAGAGUUCGAACGUCGUUUCAGUCCUCACAUGACCGACAACGAAGGGUCUCACUGGUUGAGAAAUCUGUACUUUGCGUACCUGGUGGAAAUGCGCGCUUUAGCCAAAGCGGCACCAUACUUAAGAAACGAGGAAUAUUUCACCGGCCUUGAGCGAGACGAUCGCGAAGUGAAAACAGCGGUCAAGGAUCUGCUAACCGUAAUUGAAGGCUUUCCGGCACAUUUCAACGAAACUGCGAUGUUUAGCGGGGGCACAUCAGCGAUUAAGUUGAAGCAUGAGUUCCGGGAAAAGUUUAUGAACAUUUCCAAAAUUAUGGAUUGCGUCGGGUGCGAUAAAUGCCGGCUGUGGGGUAAACUGCAGGUACAGGGCAUGGGAACGGCGCUGAAAAUUCUUUUCUCGGGCAAGUUUGACGACAAGGUCGGUACCGGGCUCGACACGAAGCUGAAACAACAGUCUCCAUCGUUGAGGCUAAAACGUGGUGAGAUAGUGGCGUUAUUCAACGCCUUUGGAAGGCUUUCGACGAGUAUACACGAAUUAGAAGAGUUCCGACAACGAAUGCGAUGA